GCUGGCGCCGGCACCGGCACAGGCCCCGAGCGUGGCAGUGGAAGCGGCAGGGGGGCCAAUGUACGAGGUGUAUGUGGGCGCCGAGCAGGCUCCUGCAGGCGCGCCAGUCGUCACUGUUGGCUCUGCCGGCCAGGGCACCGCAGAUGCGGCAGCAACGCGUGUGGCGCAAAACGGGGGCCGUGCCGGAGCCGUCAGCAACAGGGCGGGUGUGAGGACGGAGGGCGCUGAAUCAUCCGCCCCCGCCCCGGCCCCGGCCUCGCGGAAUGCUGGCGGCCUGCCCGGCCUCGCCGACCCCUUUCCGACCAACGGCCUGAUCUGGACUGCGGGGUGAAUGAUGUAUUGUGGCGGACAUGCAGUGUACACAAAAGGAGACACCAAAAAGAGACUGCAUGUUGAAAGUCACUCCAGCCCGCUAGGCAUAUAGAAGCUAGCUUUCCUGUUCUGCCAAGGUGACGCUGUGGUUCAUCAACUUGACUGUACAGCUGCAGCUCCAUUGCUGGGAAGGAAGUGUACAGCUGUUGGCAAUUGGUUUUGGGAAGACUUUGUCAUAUGAGCUUCAGCCAUUUAGGGCGGCUGAAUACAUCCGGCAGGUGCAAUGUGUUGUGUGUUUUCCACAAGCCCUUUGAUGGAUUUAAUUGAUACUGCCCAAUUGAGAAACAGCAAAAUCUGACUAUUGUUAAAGUAAGUACAGCAUUUCACUGAAAUUACGCAAUGGC